AUGGCAGAAAUAAAGCGAUACCACGUCGAAAAUUUCAAGAGUACUAACGCGAAACGUGUGCCAUUUGAAGAACUUGACUUUUCAAUCUACAAACCAAGCUCCAAUCUUGUGGCUUUCUUCACUUCAGAAAUAAGAUUGCCACUAUGGAUUCAAGGGAUGAAGUACGUAUCGUUAUCUAUAAACGGCUUCGAGAACCACGCCGAAGUAGAAGUGCGUUGGGAAGAACAAGAAUCAUCAACUGAUGCAUCAAGAUGCGAGAAGAUAUGUAUUAAUCUACUUUCUCGAAAGAAUUCAGAAAAUCUUAUCACUAUAACUGUAAUGUUAAACACUGGUCGUAUACAAAUUCAAGGUCGUUAUAUUAAGGAAUGGGUAACCGAAUUCAACACGCUGUUAGAGUUCAUUAAUUCCGCCGGGUCUGAGCCCCCCAAAUCAUCAUUUCAAACAGAUCUCGACAUAUUUGUGGAGAAGAUAUUUAGUAAAACCCACAAAGACAAAACCUCGAGUUGUCAAAUACCAGUCAGUUCAUCAAGUUCAGUAGAGAGUCAUGCCUUGAACAUCAACAAUGAACAGUCACCUAGUAGAGAAAAGUCUUUCUCGGUAAUUAAGGACAACCUUGCAUCCCUCGAGGCUGACUAUGUACAAUUCAAACAAAAUUCCGAGAAAGCUGUUUCAAACCUCUCUGAAUUAAUGAAAAAUAAAGAUGAAGAAAUCGGAAAGCUGAAAAGUGAGAUAUCCAACCUAAAGACAACCAUGCAGGCAAACAAACAAUCUCACAGUGAUCUUACCCUAAGACAAUUCCAAAUGGAAGAUGAACUGAAAAAUCUCCAUGGAAAAUGUAAAUUACUAGAAGAAAAAAAUUCCGACCUACUGAGAAAAGUGGUUUACCUCAAAGAAUCCACCCAGACCUCAAAAGCCACUGCUAUAAUACCAGAAGACCCCAACUUAAAUUCAUCAGAUACUACUACAAGCCAAAAUGAUGACUCCAUCCCACCUUCCAGCAUAAACAUACCCACAUCCAACCAAUAUGAAUUCCUACCUGAAGAACCAUCUAAUUCUAACACAGAAGCAAAAAAACCUAAAGAAAUUGACUCAUGCUUGCAGAAUGAACAACCCAAUGAAACAGACCAUCAAAGCCAUGGUAAAUAUGUUAACGAGUCAGAAACUAUUAUAAUCUGUGAUAGCAAUGGUAGAUAUCUACAACCAAAACUGUUAUGCCCUGACACCAAGAAUAGCUACAUAAGAUGCCCAACAUUGUCAAAAGCUAAAACAAUAAUCCAGAAUACAACAUUCACCUCUCCUCGCACAUUUAUUAUUCAUUGUGGUACUAAUGAUUUAGAAAGCACCAAAUCAAACGAGCAAGUGGUUAAUCAAACAAUGGAAGUAAUUACUGAGGUAAAGAAGAAAUUUCCUGAAACCCGAAUUCUUAUUUCGUCACUACUCCCUAGAAAUAACAUUUUAGAUAAAAGAUCAAACAUAAUUAACAAGGAACUAGGAAAAAUCAUCUCCUCCAAACCAAAAGUUACCUUUGUUAAGCAUGACCAUAUCACCAAAUCAUACCAUCUCAAAGAUAAAAAGCACUUGAAUAUAAGAGGUGUAAAGCUAUUUGCCCGAGAUCUUAAAGCAGCUUAUUUCAACACACCUAUAAGAAGAAUGCCUCAAUAUGCCUCAAGGAAUAAUAGCAAUGCAUCCUCACAAUACCAACGAUACCAAAGCACAUUCCCACUACAUCCCCAAUUGAAAGGCAAUCCCCCUUUCACCCCACUCAAUCCAAAUAUGCCCCCUUUCAACAUGUUCAAUGAUCCUCCAUCAAACCCUUACAACCCAUUCUACUAUCCAGCUCCCUUCAAGCCAAAUCUCCGAAACAUCACAAAUGAACCACAGAAGAAGACCACUUCAUUGUUGAAUCAAAAAAGUCAAUCCUUCCCACCACAAUUGAUAGAGUUGAUUGAACACCUUCAUAGGUAUGUUAAUUAA